AUGGUACCAAGACAAGAUCCUGUUGAUGUCAUAUAUGUCAAGUCAAACGUAGAGGUGCCUACUGGCAGCUUCAAGCGUGUGAAAGUAGAGGUUUGUCCUCCUGCGGGCGACGAUUAUGCCGAGUCAUUAAAUUCUUUCAAAGUGCCUCUAUUCCUAUUGAACGAUAGUUAUCAAGUUCUCGUGAAAGACCUAGCCAAAAUAUGGAAUUACCCAUCAUCCUAUCAGCUAAUUAAGCAUCUUGUGAAAGGUACAGGAGUGAACAAAGGAGAGUUUUUACGCACCACCGACUCCACCAUAAACGAAUGGUUGUUGGAGAAGAAUCUAAUAGAAGAAUCAGAAAUGAAGUUUAAGUUAUUUUACAUUGAUGCUAAAUUUUUAUAUCUGGUUGUAUCCAAUAAAGAAGUACUUAUUGGAGAUGAUAUUCCCGUGGAUGACGAGGAUAAUAUAGAAGUGAAUAGAAGGGCUGCUGGUUUGGGCGAUGAUAAAAUAACUAUUAGUCAGGUAUUCCCACAAUAUGGCUUGGUGGACUUUUCGUCGCAGUUGAAUCACUCUUCGUUUAAUUCCUUGACCAACUUGACCAAAUUUAAUUACUAUAAGAGUACGCCUGCUUAUCAAAAAUUUUUAGGGAACAGCAAAUUAUUUAUCAAUGAAAGAGAAUUAAUUUACAGAGAAUACGAUUAUUCGUUGAUUGAAGUCUUAGAGCAUGAAAGGACAAACGAAAGCCAAGCUAAAGAUAAGAGGCGGAAAAGAAAGCCAAUUGGAAGAUCAAAGAAGCACAAUACUAAUGUUGACCCUAAUACUAUAGACCUCACGGAGUCUAUAAUACCAGGCCAAGGGUAUAUUCAGGAAUUUAAUGUAAACCAUUUCUGCAGAGUUCCAAAUUAUUUUGUAACUACCAAUACCCCAAAUGCCGGGUCAUCGGCCGCUAUUUUGAAAGAAAUGAAGAAACCAAUUGGCUCAUCAUCGGGCUCUUCCUUAUUACUCGGUGAUAAUGUCAAGCUUGCAAAAAAUGUUCAACAAUUAGUAUUUACCAACGAAAGUGAUAAUUAUAACCAUGCAAAAUAUUAUUAUACCAAGAGUUAUAGAGGUCCGGGCAGUGGAAACUACAAGGACGCUGCCUUGAUCAGUAAAAUGAAUAAAAUUCCUAUGGCUUCAAAUUCUAAGGCUAUCAAAACUCCACAUAAAGUUACAAAAGAUAUCGCUAAACUCAACAAUAAAAGGUAUAAUGCCAAUGUUAAGGGAUUAAUGCACGAUAGAUUCAACAAACCACUUGUGGAAUCUAUACUCAAUAAACAAAGAGAACAAACUGACGAUUGUGUUAAUUUAGAAAUGCUACAUAAUAAUUUGCAAUUUAAUCUUUUAUUGAAUACAUAUAGGGAGAUGGCGGAUGAAACAUGGACAAACUAUUAUAAGUUUAAACUUAUCGAUUUUGAACAAUUAUCCGUUAAUAAGAAACAAAAAGUUCAAGAAAAGGCAAAACAAGAAGCUCUUGAGGCUGAAGCGCAAAAAGCUGGCGUACAAUUCAAUCCACAGAUGCAAAGCUUUACGUUGGCAGAUAAGUUCGUUCAUCCUUCAGCUCAUAGAGAAAUAUUAUCCAAUCUUCCGGUUGAAUUGCGGGAUGAAGAUUCGAAGAAUACUGAUUCUCGUUCAAUCAAGAAUCCUCUAUAUUACACAGCACUCUACCCUGAUGUUAAUAAUCCGGAAUUAUUAAAUAAAGUUGAAGUGGUUAAACUUCCAAAUGCAAAUGCUAUAGGUUGGGAUAAUAUGAGAAAGUAUAAACAUGACUAG